UUUAUGGGCCUGACAUGACAUCCAUAUCCAACGUUUACGAAGCACCAAACAAGAAUUUUCUGCCUGUAGAUAAACAAAAGAAAAGGAAAGUUAAACUGCUUCCAUUAUAUAUGGGAUAGCCGGCUGUUGCAUUUUCUCAUCCAUAUUAAGCACCAAGAGAUGGGAAGCGAACAGUUGAAUCCUCUGUUCGAAACAAAGAAAGCAAAAGGAAGUAUCUUGUAUAGAAUCUUUGCAGGAACUGUGUUUUUAGGUAUUUGUUUAGUUUGGUAUUACAGAGUAAGAAACAUACCAAGUAAAGAAGAAGAUGGGAGAUGGGUUUGGAUUGGAUUACUUGGAGCUGAAUUAUGGUUUGGUUUUUACUGGUUGUUUACUCAAGCUCCAAGGUGGAACAAGAUCUAUAGGUUCACCUUCAAGGAGAGACUCUUUACUAGGUACAAGAAUGAUUUACCAGGAGUAGACAUAUUUGUGUGCACGGCAAAUCCUGCAAUUGAGCCCCCAUUAAUGGUGAUGAACACUGUUCUGUCAGUAAUGGCUUAUGAUUAUCCUGCAGAAAAGUUAAGUGUGUAUUUAUCUGAUGAUGGAGGAUCAGAUGUUACAUUCUAUGCUCUAAUGGAAGCAUCAAGAUUUGCAAGACAUUGGAUACCAUAUUGUAAGAGAUUCCAUGUGGAGCCAAGGUCUCCUGCUGCUUAUUUUGCUUUAAAACCUAAUCUGGAUCAAACAAAGGCUUAUGCAGCUAUUAAGAAUUUAUAUGAAGACAUGGAAAACAGAAUUGAAAAUGCAAACAAUCUCGGUCGGAUCCCUGAAGAAGAACAAUUCAAUCAUAAAGGAUUUUCGCAGUGGAAUUCCUACUCUUCACGGCUUGAUCAUGGCACAAUUCUACAGGUUUUGAUAAAUGGGAAAGCUCCAAAUUCCAUAGAUAUUGAUGGGUGUCGAUUGCCUACUCUAGUGUAUCUUGCUAGAGAGAAAAGGCCCAAACAUCCCCAUCAUUUUAAAGCUGGUGCCUUGAAUGCCUUGAUUAGAGUGUCAUCAAAGAUUAGCAAUGGAGAGAUUAUUUUAACUCUAGAUUGUGAUAUGUACUCAAACAAUUCACUUUCUGUUAUGGAUGCACUCUGUUUCUUUAUGGACGAAGAGAAGGGUCAUGACAUUGCUUUUGUGCAAUUCCCUCAGAAUUUCGAGAACAUCACUAAGAAUGACAUAUACAGUUCCUUAUUACGAGUGAUAAUGGAUGUGGACUUCCAUGGUUUGGAUGGUUUUGGGGGUCCUUUAUACAUUGGAACUGGCUGUUUUCAUAGGAGAGAUACUCUAUGUGGAAAAAAAUUCAGUAAAGAUUGUAAAUUUGAAUGGACAAGAAAUGAUGAUUAUAAGAUACAACUGAAUAUAGAAGAAUUAGAAGAAGAAACAAAGCCUCUUGCAAGCUGUACUUAUGAGCAAAAUACUAAAUGGGGAAUUGAGAUGGGAUUGAUAUACGGGUGUCCUGUGGAAGAUGUGAUCACAGGUUUGUCAAUCCAAUGCAAAGGAUGGAAAUCCGUGUAUUUCAAUCCAGAAAGGAAUGCAUUCUUAGGCAUUGCACCUAUCACGUUGUCUGAGACACUAGUGCAGCAUAAAAGAUGGGCUGAAGGUGAUUUCCAGGUUUUGUUUUCCAAGUGUAGCCCUGCAUGGUAUGCACACGGAAAGAUUAGCCUUGGCCUGCGAAUGGCAUAUUUCGUCUAUGGUCUGUGGCCUCCAAACUGCUUUCCAACCCUAUAUUACUCUAUUGUUCCAUCACUUUGUCUCCUCAAAGGCAUAUCCUUGUUUCCACAGGUAUCAAGUCCAUGGUUUCUACCAUUUGCUUAUGUGAUAUCUGCAAGCUAUAUUUGUAGCUUAGCUGAGUUCCUGUGGUGUCGGGGCACAAUCCUUGGAUGGUUGAAUGACCAAAGAAUAUGGCUAUAUAAAAGAGGUACCUCUUACGUCUUUGCCUUCAUUGACACCAUUUCAAAGAUGCUAGGAUUUACCAAUUCAACAUUCAUAAUCACUGCAAAAGCUGCUGAUGAAGAUGUAUUGAAAAGGUACGAAAAAGAGAUAAUGGAGUUUGGAGCUUCAUCUCCAAUGUUUACCAUUUUAGCUACACUUGCAAUGCUCAAUUUGUUCUGCUUUGUUGGGGUGGUUCAGAAAGUGAUCAUGAAAGAGAUUAGUUUUAGGUUUUUUGAGGCAAUGCUUUCACAAAUUAUUCUUUGUGGUGCUUUAGUUCUCAUAAACUUGCCUUUGUACCAAGCCCUUUUCCUAAGGAAGGACAAGGGUAAGUUGCCAGGUUCUGUAACAGUAAAAUCGUUUGCAUUGGCCCUUCUUGCCUGUAUCAGCUUCACUCUCCUAUACUGAGUCUUCUCUUUUUAUUUUAAUUUUAUAUAUUACUCAAGAACCAUAUUUCUGUAAUAUAGUGAAAUAUUAAGAUGAGCUUACAAAUAUAUGUUUCUAUUAUUCAA